AUGUCCUCAAAAGCGAAACGUUUGUGUCUCGAUAUCAAAACUAAACUUGAAAUAAUCGAAGAAAUUACGAACGGUGUGAGUCAGGCAACAGUUUGCAGAAAUCGUGGACUAUCGAAGCAGUCUGUGAACACGAUUUGGAAAAGUCGAGACAAGCUCCGAGACGCAAGUGACAGUUUAGUUCUUAGCCGGAAGAAGAAGAUCAGAUCCGCAGCCUACGACGACGUUGAGGAGGCCCUCUUGAAAUGGCUCCAAUGCGUAAGGUCACAGAACGUUCCUGUUGAUGGGCCCUUAUUGAGAAAGAAAGCCCUGAGCUUGGCGGGACAGCUCGGUAGGUUCUCCUUCGAGUGUAGCAAUGGUUGGCUGGAUCGGAUGAAAGCCAGACACGAACUGGUUUUCCGCGAUGUGUGCGGCGAGGGAGCUUCAGUAAAUGAAUCUAUGGUUACAAAAUGGUCUAUUGAAAAACUCCCGACACUUCUCGCACCUUUCGCUCCUCGGAAUGUAUUCAAUGCAGAUGAGACGGGACUCUUCUACCGUCUCCUGCCGAACAAAACAAUCUGUUUCAAGGGAGAUCCGUGCGUCGGUGGUAAAAAAAGCAAGGAACGUUUGACAGUCAUGGUCGCUGCGAACAUGGAUGGGUCAGAGAAGCUCCCCCUGCUGGUGAUCGGCAAGUCUGGAAAACCUCGCUGUUUCAAGCACGUCAAGACUCUACCCACCGAAUAUACUUUCAACCGGAAGGCCUGGAUGACGUCGCAAGUUUUGAUAGACUGGUUGAAAAAGCUUGACACUCGGUUCAAGCGACAGCACCGAAAGAUCUUAAUGAUAGUCGACAAUUGCCCCUCACACCCUAGAGUACCGGACUUGGAUUGUAUCACACUGGCUUUUCUGCCGCCCAAUGCCACCUCUCGCCUCCGGCCUUGCGAUCAAGGCAUUAUCAGGAGUCUGAAGCUUGAAUAUCGUCGCCUGAUCACCGAUCGGUUUCUCGUUAGUGUAGAGAACAAGGUCGAUUUCCAGGUCGACGUUUUGACCGCGAUGCAAAUGCUGGCAACAGCCUGGACUCUCGUUUCUAGAAGCACGAUUGCCAACUGCUUCAGACAUGCUGGUUUCUUGUACAGUAUGUGUAGCGAGGCUGAGUCCGCGCCUCUCGACUACCUUAAUGAGGAUGAAGAAACGAAUCAGGACUUUCUCGAAUCUAUGGAUGAGCUCCAGUCGGAGGAUCUGGUUGAAUAUGCUGCGAUCGUAGAUGGAGUCUGCACCCAUGAAACCCCCACGGAAGCAAGCAUUGCGUUGGAAACGCUCCAAAAGUUCUUGUACACCGUCGACGAUAGCUGUAGCGCACAGUCGCGACUUUCUAGUGUGGAAGCGUUCUUAAAAAAUCAUGUGGACAAUGGGGGUAGACAACGUACAAUCAAGGAGUUCUUCUGUAAUAAAGAAUGA